GUUGAGUGGUGUUUUCUUAAGGUUUUUCAAAAGGGGGAGCCGCUGAAAAAUUUUAGGUCAAUUUCCCCCCUUUUGAUUUCUGGGCAGAAUCAUCAGAGGAGGAAUCCUCUGUUAUCUGUUCUUGAUUCUGGGUGUUAGGAGAGCUGAUUGUUGGUCGAAUUUAUCAUCGGAGGUUUCGAUUUUCAUUCUUCAGUUUUUUAAGCUAUUGAUUGUCGGUUCUUCAUUGUUUAUUCUGUAUUUGGGUUUGCUGAAAAAACCCCUUUAGUUAUAUAUUACUCCAUCUUGGUAUUUAUUGAUUCAUUCAGCAAUUACUAGGGUUAUUAAGUUUAUUUAAUUCUUGAAGCUUUUUAUAGACAGACAAAAAAUAAAUCUUUAGGAUUAAUUUUUUAACUUAGCUACUACUAAAGCCAUGGAUAUAAGUAACGAAGCCACGGUCGAUUCGUUCUCGAUUGGGCCCACCACGCUCUUCGGUCGAACCGUAGCUUUCAGAAUCUUGUUCUGUAAAUCCAUGUCACACCUAAGGCACCAAGUUUUCGGAAUCCUUAUAAUCUACCUCAAAAAGUUCAACACCUGUCUGAAACACUACUUAUCCCCUGUAAUAUCAUGGUUCCACCCUCGUAACCCACAAGGCAUACUAGCAAUGGUGACGCUAAUCGCCUUCUUGCUCAAACGCUACACAAACGUGAAAACGAAAGCCGAAAUGGCGUACCGGAGGAAAUUCUGGCGAAACAUGAUGAGGGCCGCACUGAACUACGACGAGUGGGCCCACGCAGCCAAAAUGCUCGAUAAAGAAUCCCUCAAAAUGAAUGAAUCCGAUCUGUAUGACGAAGAACUCGUGAGAAACAAACUCCAGGAGCUUCGUCAUCGAAGACAAGAGGGCUCGCUUCGAGACAUCAUAUUCUGCAUGAGAGCCGAUCUUGUAAGAAACAUGGGAAACAUGUGCAAUUCCGAACUCCACAAAGGUCGACUCCACGUACCGAAACUAAUAAAAGAAUACAUCGACGAAGUCACCACACAGUUACGUAUGGUGUGUGAUUCCGAUUCGGAAGAGCUUCUGUUGGAAGAGAAGCUGGCUUUCAUGCACGAAACAAGGCAUGCAUUUGGUCGAACGGCGUUACUAUUGAGCGGUGGUGCUUCUUUAGGUGCCUUUCAUGUCGGUGUAGUAAAAACCCUAGUCGAGCAUAAAUUAUUACCUCGUAUAAUCGCGGGUUCGAGCGUUGGGUCCAUUAUGUGCUCGGUUGUGGCAACUAGGUCUUGGCCUGAAAUACAGAGUUUCUUCGAAGACUCGUGGCAUUCGGUUCAGUUCUUCGAUCAAAUGGGGAGCAUAUUCACCGUCUUUAAACGUGUCACCACACAAGGCGCUGUACACGAAAUCAGACAAUUACAGAUUAUGCUGCGACAUUUGACCAACAAUUUGACUUUCCAAGAGGCUUACGACAUGACGGGGCGAAUCUUGGGCAUAACGGUUUGUUCGCCUAGGAAGCACGAGCCGCCUAGGUGUCUGAACUACCUGACUUCGCCGCAUGUCGUCAUAUGGAGCGCUGUGACUGCUUCUUGUGCUUUUCCGGGACUUUUCGAAGCUCAAGAAUUGAUGGCGAAAGAUCGGAGCGGCGAAAUCGUGCCUUAUCAUCCUCCGUUUCAUCUCGGGCCCGACGAGGAAUCGUCCGGAGCAUCUUCUUCUUCGAGAAGGUGGAGGGAUGGGAGCUUGGAGAUUGAUUUGCCGAUGAUGCAGUUGAAGGAGCUUUUUAAUGUGAACCAUUUUAUAGUGAGCCAGGCGAAUCCGCAUAUUGCGCCUCUCCUUAGGUUUAAGGAGAUUGUUAGAGCCUACGGUGGCAACUUUGCCGCAAAGCUUGCUCAUUUAACGGAGAUGGAGGUGAAGCACAGAUGUAAUCAGAUAUUGGAGCUCGGUUUUCCGCUUGGCGGACUUGCGAAGCUGUUUGCUCAAGAUUGGGAGGGUGAUGUCACUGUCGUUAUGCCUGCUACUUUAGCUCAGCUAUCGAAGAUAAUACAAAAUCCAUCAUACACGGAGCUUCAAAAGUCGGCAAACCAAGGCAGAAGAUGCACAUGGGAGAAGCUCUCUGCUAUAAAAGCCAAUUGCGGAAUCGAAUUAGCUCUCGACGAAUGUGUCACGAUACUCAACCACAUGCGUCGACUAAAGAGAAGCGCCGAAAGAGCCGCCGCCGCCGCCGCCACCUCAUCCUCCCAUGGGCCCACCACAAUCGUCACGUCGGGAAGAUUCAACGCGUCGAAAAGGAUCCCCUCUUGGAACGUCCUCAACCGAGAAAACUCCUCCGGAUCUCUAGAAGAAGACUUUGUGAGAAAUAAUCUACGGUCACAGCAGCGCCACGUGUACGAAGGGAGCGACAGCGAAUCGGAGGGCGGCGAUCUCGGUUCUUGGACUAGAUCGGGGGGCCCACUGAUGAGGACAACCUCGGCUGACCAGUUCGUUGACUUUGUGCAGAAUCUCGAGAUAGAAUCGAGAACGAACAACAAGAGUUUGGUGUCGGUGCACCAGAAGGGCGGCCUGAGGGUCACCAUACCGAAUCGGAACUCGGAAACUGAGUACAAUCGUAUUACGGUGGGUGAGGGUGACUUCUUACAGCCCGAGCGGAUUGGUAAUAACGGUAUUGUUUUUAAUGUUGUGAGGAAGGAGGCUUUGACGCCUUCUUCGUCCAAUAGGAGCGUCGAUUUCGAACAUAAUAAUAGUAGUAAUAGUAAUAAUAAUAAUAAUAAUUAUAAUAAUAAUUCUCCUCGUGAUUCUUCGGUAGCUGAGUGUGUGAUGCAGCUCGAUAGUCCGGGGAAGGAAAUGAUGGAUGACGCCAGCUCAGCGUCGGAAGCUGGCGGUGAUGACGUGGACCAAACAACGGUCGAUGAUGCGUCGUGCGAUAAGCAUGUAAUGGAUGGUUGAUGAAUUGAUGGGAUAUGUAAAUAAGGAAAGAAAAAAAAAUUGGAGCAAUUUUUUUGUAGAAUGAAUGUAAUUUUGUUUAUUUUUUAAUUUUUAUUUAAGGGAUUUGACACAAUAUUGGUUGAUAAAGAUUUUGUAUAUUUCAUA